AGGAGCCCCCUCCCCUUCCCCGGCCCCGCCAGCCCCUAUAGAUGGGCGGGAGGGAGGAACGACCAGGACAGACGGCCGCGCAAAUCCGCAGCGACGGCAAACAGCUGCAGCUCCUCUGAACGACCCGGCUCCGAGUCCAGACCAGCCGCCGCCAUGGACAGCAAAGCCGCCUUCCUCGCCUUGCUGCUGCUCCUCGGGACCCUCCGCGCCGCCGACGGGAAGCCCAUCAGCCUGACGUACCGCUGCCCUUGCAGAUAUUUUGAGAGCAAUGUACAUAAAUCCCAUGUGAAGCACCUCAAGAUCUUGAAUGUCCCUGGCUGUUCUCUGCAGAUCAUCGCAAGACUGAAAAACAGCAGCAAACAGAUCUGCGUCGAUCCCAAGUUAAGGUGGAUUCAAGAGUAUCUGGAGAAAUACCUGCACAAGAGAUUCAAGAUGUAAGAGGCGAGCAUUGUAGCUGUCCGCAGGAUGCCUCCCUGUAGAAGCCAGAAAAGCAGAGAUCCCGCUAUUAGGGAGCGAUGAGGGCAUCUCUUUUUUAUCACGCAGCACAAAGCGGCGCUUCAUGCACUUCCCAGAGCCUCUUGUUUGCACAGAACGCCUUUUUGCCUUUUGCCAAUACUAGCCUAUUGUAGCAGGAACUCUCCGCGAAGUUUGGUUUAUCACGUAGUUGCACUGACGCCAGCAGCAGAUUAAAAAGCGUUGCUUCAUAUAUGGCGAUUCCUUUCUGCUGUGCAGAACCCUGGCGCUUACCAGGAGUUUCCAUGCAGGUUAACAAUCUACUGUGGUUCAUUUGUAUGGAAAGGAAUGAGGGUUGUGUGUGGCUGUGUGGCUGUCUUUCCCACUGAUAUUUGCAGAGAACACUCUUUUCCCCCUGCAAACCUAUGGUGGAAGAUGAGACAUCCUGUGUUUGCACCAAAAGCGAUCGAUGCAUUCCACGUACGUGCAGGUGAACAAUUUCUAUUCACGUGGGCCCAAUGAACGAGGUUCUAAAUAGGGUGGUUUUGAAAGAGUGACGGGCAUCGUGACCUUACCUAGGAAUUUCCUCUUUCAGAAACGUUGAACUAGCACAUGUAGGACUUUUGGAUCAUUCUUUGGCAGGGGGAAAUGGUCUGCGUUUGCGAGCUCCGUAAUGCGCGAGCCACAAGCUUAUUUCACGCGUGGCAACUGCUGUGUUUGCGUCACUUUCGGGGAACCUGCAAUUGCAGAGGUUGCCGCAAUUUAAAUUUCUGUGCGCUUU